CAGAAUAUACUCAACAUCAUCUUUAUUAUGUAGUUUCUUUCCAAUCUUCUAGAAGCGCGUUUCAGUGCGACAUCAUUUCAAGAAUUUCUUAUCUGAAUAGGACUAUUAAUCUCUUAAUAUCAAUAUGAAAAAAAUCAAAGAAGAGACUAACAUCAACAACAGUAAUAAUAGUAAUGAAAUGGGGAAAAGUAAACGAUUUAUGAAGUGGACUGCUGUUCUUCUUUAUAUCUAUCUUCACGUUUUCGGCAUCGUUGGAUUAUAUUUUUUGUUUAUCAAAGCGAAAUGGAUGACAGUAUUUUACUUUGUGUUCCUUAUCACAAUAAGUUCCAUAGCAUUAACGGCCGGUGCACACAGAUUAUAUGCACAUCAAACAUUUGUCGCAACGUGGCAACUCAGGCUUUUUAUAAUGUUAACACAUACCCUCGCAGGCGUGGGUUCCAUUUACAAUUGGGUUUUUUGGCAUCGAGUGCAUCACAAAUACUACGGCACUGAUAGAGAUCCGUAUAAUCAUAAGAAAGGGUUCUUUUACUCUCACAUCAUCAGUAAUCUAUUGUCAGUACCCACUGACAUAAAGAAAUACUCGAAAGACAUUGAUAUGCGCGAUAUAGAAUCUGAUGGAUAUGUUUGGACACAACGAAAGUUUUACUGGAUACUUUUCAUUCUGUUUGGAUUUCUACUGCCUAUUAAUAUUGCUAUAGAAUACUGGAAUGAAUCAACCAUAAAUUCAUUUUUAAUUAUUGGUGCUGCACGCCUGAUGAUAACAACCAAUAUUUCUUGGUUGGUCAAUAGCGCCUUAUUGAUUUGGGGUCUGAAGAAAGGAGACAAAUUCCCGGUUGACGACAAUUCUGUCUUUUUCUUAUCAAAAUCGUAUUGGCUGAAUUAUCAUUAUCUGCUUCCAUGGGACUGGAAAAGUGAUGAAUUUGGCACUUACGAAACGGGAUUUAAUACGUUCAUUGUCAAGAUGUGGCGUGAACUCGAUUUCAUUAAUGAGAUGAAAACCGCCACUAGUGACGAUGUGCGAGAAGCUCUUUAUAAAAUUGCCACGUCAAAGAUGACGAUGAAGGAAGCUUUGGAAGAGAUAAAAGCAAAUUCCGAAGAAGUUGCUUAUAAAGAGAAACUAAUAUUUCGCCAUUAGAGAAACAAGAGAAUAAAUUAUUUUAAUUAAAAAUAUGUAAACAAUAUUUUAUAAAUUUUAUUUAAAAUUAUAAAUUAAAAUAUAUUAAAUAAAAACCACUAAGAAUAAAUGCAAUUGUAAUGUCAAAGCGUAAUUAAUAUAUAUUUAUAUAAUAUAAAUAAAAUAAAUUAUUAAUUAAUAAAUAAAAUAAAAUAAAACCAAGUAAAAACUAUCAUUUGAACUAUGAAGCUUUAACUUAUUCUGAUAUCUAAAACGAUAUAAUUAUUCC